AUGGAGAAAAACUCGGGAAAUCCAUCUGCCACCACUUCCACGAACUCUAAUACAAAUGACAUUUCACAAACUAUUCGUCAAACUCAAUCCGACUUCGGUAAAACUCCUGAAGAAGGGAAGAAAGUUCGUGAAGCAAUGAUGAAAGCUUUGAAUUGUAUCAGAGAACUGGGUGUCCAACGUCCUGAUGAUCCGAUGACGUUCUUAUCUGAAUUUAUGUUAAUGGAGGAUCCGAAAUUAUCUCCCUAUUUCAAUUCGAACAAUUUGAACCAAAAACUUCACAAGAGUAGUUAUUAUGCUUCCUCGUACAUCAAAAAAGGAAUCGAGGAACUGCUGAAAAAAGAAACGGAAGAAGAUCCUGCAAUAUUUCUCUCUAAUUACUUUUUGAGCCAGAAAGAAAGUUUCGAAAAGAAGAUGGCUGAACAAAAAUCAUUAUCAAAUAAAAAUGACGUUUCAAAAACUGUUCGUCAAACUCAAUCCGACUUCGGUAAAACUCCUGAAGAAGGGAAGAAAGUUCGUGAAGCAAUGAUGAAAGCUUUGAAUUGUAUCAGAGAACUGGGUGUCCAACGUCCUGAUGAUCCGAUGACGUUCUUAUCUGAAUUUAUCUUAGAAGUGGAGAAAAACUCGGGAAAUCCAUCUGCCACCACUUCCACGAACUCUAAUACAAAUGACAUUUCACAAACUAUUCGUCAAACUCACUCCGAAUUCGGUGAAACUCCUGAAGAAAAGAAGAAAGUUCGUGAAGCAAUGAUGAGGGCUUUGAAUAGUGUCAGAGAAUUGAAUGUCCAACGUCCUGAUGAUCCAAUGACGUUCUUAUCCGAAUUUAUGUUAAUGGAGGAUCCGAAAUUAUCUAGCUGUUCCGAUUGGGACAAUUCGAACCGAAAACCUCACAAAAGUAGUCAUUGUGCUAAAUCUUACAUCCAACCAGCAAUCGAAGAACUGCUAAAACAAAAAACGGAAGAAGAUCCUGCAAUCUUUCUAUCUAAUUACUUUUUGAGCCAGAAAGAAAGUUUCGAUGGAAAGAUGGCCGGAUGA